GUUGGUCUAACAUCAAGGGAGGAUAUGAGGGCAAUAGGGCUGCGUCAACGUGGGACGUACAUCCUGAUCUUCCUGCUGUCGGCGAUCAUCGCGGACAUCUUUUACAACACGAUUAAAAAUGAGAUACUGAGCCACUCAAACCUAGCAAGUCAUUUUCAUUCAGGAGUCAGCGGAAGCUCUGCCUGGAGUGAGGAUUACUUGGCGUCAACCAAAGAGAAGCCUGGGAAUGAUGUAACAGACAAAUAUUGCAGGGAGAAGACAAUUGAAAAUAUUAUGAAGGUUUAUUCUCAGGACUGGAUGAAGCAGGAAGAUUUCAUCACCCUGCUGAGGUCUGAACUGAACAGCAAGUGCAAUGGAGUCGUCAACGCUAUUGUCACACAGAGCAACUCGCCACUGGGGUCGAACAUCACGUACGAUUCUGAGAAAAGAAUUACCAAGGUGACCCCUAAGCUGUUUGACACCUUCGUGAAGGAUUCACCGUUUGUAAAUAAGACAUUCAAGACGUGUUCGGUGGUGGGAAACGGUGGUGUCCUGGCCAACAGCAGCUGUGGAGAGGAGAUCGACUCGGCCCAGUUUGUCAUCAGGUGUAACCUCGCUCCUUUGGACAAGGGCUACAAAAGAGAUGUUGGCAACAAGACGAACUUGGUAACAUCCAAUCCCAGCAUCCUCGUAAAGAAAUUUGAAUCCUUGAUGGAGCUCCGGCGCCCAUUCAUGGAAAGGCUGGGCACCUUUGGAGACUCUCUGGUCCUGAUGCCCACCUUCACUUAUAUGAGAAACACGGCUGUCACGUUGCGUGUCCUCUACACGGUGCAUGACUUUCAAAGCCCGGCCCUGCCCAUCUUCCUGAACCCAGAAUACAUACGGAACCUGGCCCAGUUCUGGGAGACCAGGGGCCUGAAGAAGCGCCUCAGCACCGGGAUAAUGAUGGUCAGCCUGGCACUGGAGCUGUGUGAUGAAGUGAAUCUCUACGGCUUCUGGCCCUACCCCCAACACCCACGGGACUGCCGGUCCCUCACCAACCACUACUAUGAUGACGUGAAGGCGAAAAGUGUACACGCCAUGCCUGUUGAGUUUAACCGCCUCCUACAGCUCCACACCUUGGGUGUGAUCCGGCUUCAUCUGGGGGAUUGUUCACCAAGACCCAAACAGACUCAUCUCUCAUUCUUUCUCCAUUAGUGGUACAGCUGAACCACAGAUCAAGUAUUGUUUUACUUUAAUCUAAAAGCUGUAAAUGUCUUUAUGUUCUUAUGUUAAGGAGGCUUUGCCAUAGAGGUGAUUUUUCCAGGCAAAAGGUUUGUUGCCAAAUAUGAGCUCAUUUAGUCUUUCAUUGAGUUAUUCAUCAGUAAAUUGGUUCCGGUUGC